AUGCACCACCUCCAGAAGGCAGUUCUGGUUCACACCCAGCCUGAGCUGCCUUCAGAAGUACGUCAGCAGAGCUCACUCUACAGAAAGAAGUCAACGAAAGGGUCGGUUGUCCUGGGCUACGUAUUUCGUCACUUAAACCUAGUGGAGAUAGAUUACUUUGGACUGCGCUACUGUGACAGGAGUCAUCAAACGUAUUGGCUGGAUCCUGCAAAGACGCUUGCUGAACAUAAAGAAUUGAUAAAAACUGGACCACCAUACACUCUGUAUUUUGGCAUUAAGUUCUAUGCAGAGGAUCCGUGUAAACUUAAAGAAGAGAUAACAAGGUAUCAGUUUUUUUUGCAGGUCAAGCAAGAUGUUUUACAGGGCCGAUUGCCUUGUUCAGUCAACACUGCAGCACAGCUGGGAGCAUAUAUAAUUCAGUCUGAGCUGGGGGACUAUGACCCAUAUAAGCACACUACAGGUUAUGUCUCGGAGUACCGCUUUGUGCCAGACCAGAAGGAAGAGCUGGAGGAUGCCAUAGAGCGGAUACACAAAACUCUGAUGGGUCAAGUUCCUGCUGAGGCAGAAGUGAACUAUUUAGGGGUGGCCAAAUCCCUGGAAAUGUAUGGAGUGGACCUCCACCCUGUCUAUGGUGAAAACAAAUCUGAAUAUUUUUUAGGAUUAACACCCAUAGGAGUUGUUGUCUACAAGAAUAAAAAGCAAGUAGGAAAAUAUUUCUGGCCUAGAAUUACAAAAGUUCACUUCAAGGAAACACAGUUUGAACUUAGAGUCCUGGGAAAAGAUUGCAAUGAAACUUCCUUCUUUUUUGAAGCACGUAACAAGAUCACAUGCAAACAUCUCUGGAAAUGCUGUGUAGAACAUCAUACGUUUUUCAGAGUGCCAGAGAAUGAAUCAAACUCUCUAUCAAGAAAAUUCAGCAAGUUUGGAUCCGUAGGUUAUAAACAUCGGUACAGUGGCAGGACGUCUUUGCAAAUGACCAGAGACCCUUCUGUGCAGCUCCCACGGCCUGACCAGUGCAUUGAAAGAAGUCGCAGUAAGACUUACCCCAAAAGAACACAACAGACAGGAUCUAAGAACAUGAGCCAGAUUACAACAAAUGGGGAAAAUGAAGGAACUACCAAAAUUAUUGCACCUUCCCCUGUGAAAAGCUUUAAAAAGAUGAAAAAUGAAAACAGUCCAGAAACCCAAAGAAGUAAAACAAGCACACCAUGGGAGGAACAUCGCCUACAAAGUGGGCUGUAUAAUUCUCCCAGUGACCGCAAUAAAUCACCAAAGUUUCCUUACUCUCGGCGGCGGAAUCCAUCAGGUGGCAGCGAGAAUGAGUCUGCGCAACCAGUCCGAAGGAGGAAAAAUCAAAACAGUGGCGAAGAUUCAGAUUUAAAGCAAAGGGGAAGAUCACGGUCUCGCUGUAACACCAGCAGUGGCAGUGAAUCAGAAAAUUCCAACAGAGAGCAUCGGAAGAAGAGAAACAGAUUACGGCAAGAGAAUGACAUGGUUGACUCAGCUCCUCAGUGGGAAGCUGUGCUACGGAGGCAAAAGGAGAAAAACCAGGUGGAUCCAAACUACCGGCGAUCCAGGCACAGAUCACGAUCGAGAAGCCCAGAUGUACAAGCUAAAGAAGAACUAUGGAAACAUAUUCAGAAGGAGCUUGUGGAUCCAUCUGGCCUGUCUGAGGAGCAAUUGAAAGAAAUUCCAUACACUAAAAUUGAGACUCAAGGGGACCCAAUCCGCAUUAGGCAUUCACAUUCCCCUCGAAGCUACCGUCAGUAUCGGCGGUCCCAGUGCUCUGAUGGUGAAAGAUCUGUCCUGUCUGAAGUGAAUGCAAAAACUGAUCUAGUGCCUCCACUGCCUGUUACACGAUCUUCAGAUGCGAAAGGUCCCAGCACUCAGUUGACUCAACAGAGACAGAAUGGAUCAAAAGACAGCUUAAUAGAAGAAACAUCUCAGCUACCCACUAACAGCGUUGAUGGAAAACUCACCACUAAGAUCAUAAAAACUAUACAGGUGUCACGCUUCAAGGUGGAGACUUGACUGCCAUGACUGAAGAUGGUGAAUGGAUUUUUAUUCUUUGGAAACUGAGAAUUUGUGUGUAAAUGCAAGGGAAGGAACUGAAAUUUACAUGGUAGCAAUUUCUUCAGGAUACCCAGAAGUGCAGCCUACUUGCUGGGAAGGCCAAGCGAUGAUUUUACCACUGACACCAUUCUAGUGGUGUGACUGAUCAAGGAGAAGCUGCCUAAAGUCUUAGACAACUAGAAAGAAAAGUCUUAGGAAAACUGAAUGAUCAGCAGUUACAUUUCCAAAAAAAUGAACAAAAAAAUCGCUGCAACAAAACAGGGCUUUAUGGUCUGCUCUGUAACUGAAUGGCCUUUUUCCAGAAAAUGACUGUUAGCUGACAUGAUCAGGACCAGAUGCUUCAAGAGAAGCAAAAAGAGUCAUAUUUUUGGCCAAUUGUGCAAUACAGUGUGAUAUGGGGAGAAUUAUCUUCACAAUUCUAUAUGGGGAUCAACUUAUGUCCUGAGACAUAAGGACUAAUAGCUCUUUCAAGGUUUAUUUUAGCUUAGCACAACUACAGAUGCUUGUGUUGUUAAUACAAAUGUUGACUCAACCCGUUUUAGCUCAAAAAUAAUAGACUUAGUAAUACCCUGUAGCAGAGAGUUCCAGAGGUGAUACAGACUUAACUUUCCCUUGGCAGUUUUAAGUGUUCUCAAUUUGAGUGCCCUUUCAUCCAAAGGGACUAUUUCAUUGAACAUUCCAUACCACAGAAAUACACCUAUCACCUUACAAGAAACCACACUGGAAAAAGAUGGAGAAUAUGUAUUGACCCACCAUAUUAAGACUGCUUAGCAAGGCACUUAAGUACUGGUUAAAUGAAUCUUGUAGAAGUAGGAUUUAAGACAGCUAGCAAAUAGCAUUUUUUUUAAACUAGAUUAGCAAAGCCUGCCUUAAUCUCUUUCCAUUUGAAAUAAUCAAUGCUAGUACCUUCUGAUUCUUUGAGCCAUUUCUGCUGUGGUAAGAUGACAAAGGCAGUAUUUCAGGUAUGAUAAUUGCAAUUUUUUUCUAAUGUCACGGUAGGAAUAGUAAGUUCUAAUGAUAUUGCACCUUGAGUGGUUUAACUUCUAGUACAUAUCUGAAGUGAUGCCUAUCUCUUUUCCUGUACUAUUACUUUGUACAAAUAGCUGAAAGUCAUUCUUCUGUCUCCCAUGCACAUGGAUGAGCCUUCUGGCAUUUGCUAACUUAUUAAGAAGCUUACCAAAAUCUUUGUGUUGUGAAAGUAACUUUUGCUAAGUGUAAUCCCCCGAAUGAAUAUUGAAUUUGUCAAAUGGCAUUGGGAACAGCUGUGGUAGCUCAUGUGCUUACAUCUGUCAUCCUUAAACUCAAGCCCUAUCACCUUCAGUGAUUUCCUGUGAUACUUUGUCUUCUACGUCUAGCAAUACCACCGUACGAGGUGAUUGCAGCCCUGUUAGAAAAGUAAUACUGUUUGAGACCUGGAGUGCACAUAGGGCAUCUUAAAUUAUGCUUUACAAGAGGCAUGGAAUUACUAAUACACAUUUUAACAAAACUGAGAAGUAGAAACCUUGUAUGUGUUUUAUUUUCUACUUCAUUUUUUGAUUCUUCUAUUGUUUCAUGAUCUGAGGUGGUCAGGAGGAUGCUACUAGCCAGGGUGGUGGCCGUACAGUUGGUAUAUUCCUAUGACAGUAUUGAUUGGUCUGCAGGUUGGGAGAUGCUUCAUCAUGCCAGGGAAAGCAAAUGGACUUCAUAAUUUCUAAGUUUGAUGGCUUACUUUGGACAGUUCUGUUAUUUCAGUCUCAGUGAACACAUCUAAGUGAAAGAAAGAGCUUAGAACCCCUCUGUGGUAAAAAUUCUGUUUUCAUGGAGGUUCUUCAGCAUUUUCUGAAUUUACUACAGAUUUCAUUUUAGGACAUUGUUGGACUUGACUUGGAAGUAUUUGUUCAAACUGUUUUGUCAGUCUGUUAAAUGGUUUCAUUGUCAUUGGCCAAUUUCAAGCAAUCCUUUAGGAUCUAUUUAUGACCUUGUGUAGUAUUCUCACAAGCACCAGUUAAAAAAAAAACAGACAACCCUAUCACUGUGGCAAAGAUCGUGUGAUACAGCUUAAUCUAGAGCAUCACAAUCUUUCGGAAGACUAAUGAAAUACGACAAACCAUACAAGAACUGAUUAGUGUCUGCAGUGAAAAGCACUCAUUACUUCUUCAAGGUGUUCCAAGCUGGAGCAUUGCACACUUGCUUGUAAUCUGUUGCUUUCUAACUCAUUACCAUUAUUCUGCAUUUGUUGCUCAGGCAAGUAGAACAUAUGUACUACUUUAGGAGGAUUUGUAGUGUUACUGAGAAUUAUCUAUAUGUAGUGUAUCUUGCAAAUCCUCAAAUAUUCCUCAAGAUGAAAAUUACUUUAAGGUUUAUAUCCAACCUCAUGUUUUCCUGUGUUGUCAUCUGCCUGCGGGCUUUUGUGUAUUAAUGCUGUAUACUAUCAGCCAAGUGUAUGUUACUUAUUCCACUGUGUCAGAAAAUGGGCUUCUAUCUAGUCUAAUAAUGAUAGGUAUCAGUUCUCAAAUCACAGGAGAGGCUUUUUUGUAAUCAAGCCAACUUUUUUGCAUUUAAAUGAGAAAUUGACAGAGUCAUGGGUUUGAGUUGGUGGUCUUCUCUCCAAUGAGACUAUGUAGGAAACAAGUUUUAGCAAGUCUGAGGCACUACAGUAACCAUUUUUUAUCCACAAAGGAAAGACUAAAUUUAAGGCCUGUAUUACAUGUUGUCAGUGCUGGCACAAGGCAAAACUUGGACAAGGAAGUCAUUGUCAGCUUACCAUACAGAAAAAAAACCCCAACUUAUUCCAUAUACUGAGCCUCCUUUCCCUUCAAGCUUCUUUUCCUCAUUUGUCAUUUGGGGAAAGGCACCUUUUCUUGUGCUGGUUAUUUUUGUGUGAGAUGCAUACAAGUGAUAAAUCACUGAAAAGGCUUACUGUGUCACAGCUAUGCUCUGUAGCCCUAAACCAGCCCUACAUCAUCUGUAAGUGGCUUGCCUGUUACAGCUCUGAGCUAUACCUUGCCUUUUCCAUUGUUGCUACUCUUGCCUGGUCUUCCUGGGGCUUUUACUGCCUAGAGGCCGUUAGGUUUUCAGACCUGGAGUUUGGAUGUCAGUCUAAAAUGCCUGUACAUCCUUUUGAGCCAGGCAAAAGACAGAUGGAUAACCACGUCAGGCAAAGUUUACCCUGGGGUUGGAUGCCAUACAGACCUGUCCUCACAUGGACAAAGGACUGAUACUUGAGACAUUCUCAUCCUAAUUCUGCUUCUAGUCUGCUGUAUUGAUCUCAGGCCAACAGUUUUAACUUUGUGCCUCUGCAUUUACCUCUUCUGAGACUUCUUCAAGUGCUGAUAAGUUAUGGAACUCUUAUUAAUUGGCAAGACCUACAACAAAGAUAUACCUCUUUGCAAGACGUAUUUUAUACAAUAAAGAGGGUUUGCUAACCAGAUUAGAAAAGCAUUUUUAUAUAUCCCAUAUUGGUUCCCUUGCUUGUUAGCAGGUUUCUUUCAUUAGGACCUAGCCUUGACCUGUUCUUUUCUACAUUGUACUUCUUAGCAGUGUCCCUAACCUUGUAAUUCUUAUUCUAAUCGAGCUCAUUAUACCGAAGAUGUUAAUUUGGGGGGAAAAACAAAAUCACUAUUUAGGUAGACAAAUCAAUCAUCUUUAUACAGGUGAAUAUUGAACUGAAUAGAUAGCACAUUUUCUUUUGGGAAAGCCUGUUUAAUUCAAAGCUCCCUAGAAAAGUGUUUGAAAACAACAUACAUAAACAUAAAAAUGUGAUUUGUAUGCUCUGUGUAUAUUAAAUAUUCAUGAAGCAACUCUGUGCUUUAUUUUAAAUCGAGUUUGAUAGAUGGCUGUGUAAAUACUUUCGUCCAGGUUAUUUAAAAGUCAAGUAAAACUUGAAUUUUUAGGGCAUUCUGUGGUUGCCUGUGUGUCUUAUUUACAUUACCCACAGGAGCAAAGCCUUUAGAAACAGAGAUUCAUUUGACACCACCAUCUGGUAAAAACAGGUGUAGUACCAAUUAAAAUCCACUUGAGGAUACAGCUUCUCCAGAUUAAGUAUUUUUUUCUGGUAGCAGAAAGUUGUCAGCCUAAGUUUUAUACUUCCAGUGCAUACAUAUAUUAGUUUCCUUUCUUACCUAAAAAUCACCAGAAAGCAACGGCAGACUACAUAAGCUGUCAAACCAAGCAGCUUGCAAAGCCAGAUGCAAAAGCCAGUGUGGCAGAUGCUCUCUCCUUAAUGUGCCUGUUUUAAAUGUCUCCUUGGCAGGAGUUGCAGUGGGUUGACCUUGACUGGACACCAGGUGCCCACCAAGCUGCUUUAUCACUCCCCUCAUCAUCAGGAUGGGGGGGCGGGAAAAUAAGAUGGAAAAAAAGCAACUUGUGGGUCAAGAUAAAGACAGUUCAGUAGAACAAAAGCAAAGACCAUAUGCAGAAACAAAAUAAACCAAAAGAUUUAUUGUCUACUUCCCUUCAGCAGGCAAUAUCCAGCCACUUACUGGGAAUUAGGGCUUCAGUACAUAUAGCAGUUGCUCUAGGACACAAACACUGUAAUAACAAAUGGUACCCCCUCCCUUCUUUCUCUUUGCUUUUAUUGCUGAGCAGAUGUCGUACAGUGUAGGCUAUCUCCUUCGUCAGCUUGGGUGAGGUGUCUCAGCUGUGUCCCCUCUGGAAAUCCUGCCCACCCUCAGCCCCACUGCGUGAGUGGGUAAUGUUGGAGACAGCACUGAUGCAGUAGCCAGAACACUAGUGUAUGAUCAGCACCCUUCUAGCUACCAGUAUAAAGCACAACACUGUGAAGGCUGCUGUGGGGAAAAUUAAUUCCAUCUCAGCCAGACCCAGUAAGAGUGAAGAAAACCACUGCCCUCCUGCCACUGCUGGUCACAAUUUAAGUGAUACACCUUACUCACUGUAAUGUUACGAUCUCAAAAAUAGCUAUGACUAUGCAGUUUUUUUCCUCGAUGAGGAUAUCUGAAUGUAUUUGACAUUAAAAUACUACCAUUAAAUUCAAUACAAAUGAACCCCUUUCCUAGGCAAAAGAGGUGACAGAUUUACAUUCAAGAAUGCCCCCACAGGCAACCCACUGAUAGAGACUGUUUGCGUUUAAUAGAGCUAGCCUUAGUCAACUCAGAUGCAGUGUGCUAAAAGGUUAAAGGGGAAUUUGGAACAAGCCAGUUUUCUUUCUCUGCAUAUCUCUCAAAUAGAGUUCUAAUUUGCACCUUUAACACUGAGAGCCCUCUUCCAGAGGGCUGCUGCAACACCAGCCUAGAGCAGAGGAUUUUGUUCUCACUCCCCUAGAUCACCUUUGCAUCUGUCCUGUACUUUUUAAGCCUAUCAACUCCCAACAGUGUCAGACGUUGUGCUUACGUAAAACAGAGGGAAAAAAAAAAAAAUGUCUUGAGGUUUCUUCCAAGGGUAUAGCCCAGUCAGCCACUCAAAAACUGUAAGGCAGUCCUAGUGCCUAACAGCACACUUAAUGUUUACAGCAUUACUAUUUUAUUAAAUGGAGCACCUUACACACAUCUAAUCUUCAUUCUACCCCAGUACUUCUUUGUUCCACAACGCUAUGAAACAGGUAUUACACACUGAAGUUUAAGAUUCUACAGUUUUUUUUGUUGAGAUGGAAUUAACAUUUUAGACAGCCAUCACUAAAAUUUGGCAUUAGCAGUUGCUCUUGAGUUAAAAGAGUCUUAAAAGCUAGUCCUGUCAGUCUUGGACUUAAAGAACAAAGCCCAUGAGCAAAACUCCUGAGCAGAUGGUAUCUUCAGGGAAUAUAAUCCCUAACAGAAAUCCUAAGAUUUUAAGUGCAUCCAGUAAUCACACGUUGGAUCACUGAAAAUUAGUUGCUCUAAACCUCCUUCCCUCUUGACAAACGCUAAACUUAUGCUUAGACUUUGAUUAGUAAAUUACUGAAUUCAGUACUGAAAAAUCAAGGCAUUGCAAGAUACAUAAUUUCAGCAUUUGCUCUUCUGAUAAAAUUAAUUUACAAUAAAUCUUCCUGAAAAAAUAAGCAGGAAUUCCAGAUGUUAUUCCUACAGUAUUUCAUUCUACUUCAAAUUUAGUUAAAGUACCAUAUUAGGCAGCUGAUCAAGGUAAUAAUAAAACAAGAUGGAAGUUUUCCAUGUUGGAGAAAUACUCUAUUUUUAAACCCAGGUUUGCUAAAUUUUAAUUUCUACUUUUUGUCACCUCAAUACAAAUCUCAGCUACCCUAAUCUCUAAGUACUAGAGAAUACCAUGGUUUUGGUGACCACCUCCUAUCCACUUAAUAGCUUCUGGGUUUUAUUUAGUCUGAAGGGGUGAACUGGCAUCCCCAAAACACAGAACUCAGAAGGAACUGCUAUUAUAGCUUGAAAAAGACACAGAAACAUAAAUCUUUAUUUUUUGUCUACAUAAACAUUACCAGCACUACCUCAAUACAGUUAAAAUCACCUUGUAUUACUAUAUGCAGGCUUAACAUUCCAUCUUUUAAAGUUUUUUGUUUCUUAU